ACCCAUGGCCAAAAAACGAGUCUUUCUUGCUUCUUUCCUGUUUGACUUCUAGAUCUCUGCCAAAUGUGUAUUCAACAAACAGCCAGGCAAAACAAGCGAUAUUCAAACUUGAUAAUUUUAUUCAAUUCGUCUACUUCUUGAUCAAAGUAAUCCUGUUUUCGUUGCAAUCGAUCGUUGAUAAACUGUGUAAACAAGUCAGUGGAGCACACCUGUGUAAACAAAAGGCUUAAGCCAGUGUUUUUCUAUGAUACACAUGGAGCAGACAAAUGUCGAAGCUCUGGUGCAACUGUGAGAAUAAGGAAUCUGCAGUUUGGAAGUGAUAUGUCACUACUGGCCUUGGUGUAGAACUUGCAGAAUUGUGGGGGUUGACUGUCCAGAAACAGUUGCUUCUUGAACUAAAAUAGACAUGCUAAAUUAUUCCAUUACUGUAAAAAUUUUAAAAAAUAAAAGAAUAAAAAAUAAAUAAAUAAAAAAUAAAAAUAAAUACAUUAGUAAAGGAAUAAAUGAACAAAUUCAGUCUGUGUGGAUUGACUGUCCAGAAAAAUUGCUUCUUGAACUAAACCAGACAUAACAAAUUAUUCCAAUACUGUAAAAACAUAAAUAAAUACAUUAAUAAACGGAUAAAUGAAUGAAUGAAUAAAUAAACCAAUUCAGUCUGUGUGGGUUGACUGUCCUAAAGCAAUUGCUUCUUGAACUAAACCAGAUAUAAUAAAUUAUCAUUACUGUAAAAAUAUAAAUAAAUACAUUGAUAGAUAGAUAAAUAACUGAAUGAAUAAAUGAACAAAUUGAGCCUGUGUGAGUUGACUGUCCUAAAGCAAUUGUUUCUUGAACUAAACCAGAUAUAAUAAAUUAUUCCAUGACUGUAAAAAUUAAAAAAUUAAUAAAUAAAAGAAUACAAAUAAAUAAAUAAAAAAUAAAUAGCUAAUAAAUAAAUAAUAAAUAAAAAAUAAAAAAUAAUACAUUAAUAAAUAGAUAAAUAAAUAAAUGACUAACAAAUAAAUAAAUAAAUGACUAAUAAAUAAUACAUAAAUAAAUAAUAAAUAAAAAUUAAAUAAAAAAUAAAAAUUAAAUAAUAAAUAAAAAAUUAAAUAAUAAAUAAAAAUUAAAUAAUAAAUUCUGGGUGCGAGACAUUACCGUACGUGUUGCAGUUCUCUUCGUGUGCGGUCCUGGAGCGGGAAGCCUAUGCACGGGCAGUAUCGCCGUCUCACUGAGCAACCGCCUGUGGACAUGAAAGAGACCUACGAAUGGCUAAAGGCAGCGAAUCUUCCUGCUGCAACUGAGGGACUGGUUGUUGCUGCUCAAGACCAAGCUCUUCGGACUCGGUACUAUGAGCGCAAGAUUCUACAUCGUUAUGUCAGUCCUACUUGCCGCAUGUGCAGUGUAGGCCUGGAGACAGUCGACCACAUUGUGGCAGGCUGUAGUGCUUUGGCACCGACGGACUACACUGAUCGACACAAUCAGGUGGCAUCCAUCAUUCACUGGGACGUUUGUCGCCAUUUUGGGGUUCCAGUGGAGAGCAGAUGGUAUCGGCAUCAUCCUGAUAGGCUUGUGGAGACGGAUGACAUUACUAUGAUGUGGGAUACCACCAUCCCCACUGCCAGGAAGAUCAAAGCCAAUCGUCCAGACAUCUGUCUCAGAAAUAGGAAGACAAACACUUGUCUUCUUAUUGAUAUCAGCUGUCCUGCUGAUGGCAACAUUGGCAAGAAACAUGCUGAGAAGUUGGCGAAGUACAGCGACUUGCGAGUGGAGAUAAGCCGCAUGUGGCAUUGUCGAACACUGGUGGUUCCGGUGGUCUUGGGAGCUUUGGGCACAGUGCACGCAGGUAUUGCACGGUGGCUGGACAUUAUUCCAGGUCAUCACAACCUGCAGCACUUACAGAAAACAGUGCUUCUGGGAUCUACUCGGAUCCUUCGUAAAGUCAUGUCUUCUUUCUAGACAGCCGUGAUGGUCUAAGUACUUCUGAAGCAGGGUUUGCUUCCGGUACUUGUAAUAGACUUUACAAACCAGACUGAUCUGGUUGAGCACGACACAAUUCUGGGAUCUACUCGCAUUAUUCGUAAAGUCAUGUCUCCUUUCUAGACAGCCGU